AAGGUUCAGAGCAGGAGUUGAAGCGGAGCUAGGGUUUCUGUUCUUUUCCGCCCGCCUCAGUUUCAAGGUUCGAAACAAUGUCUCGCGUGUACGUGGGUAAUCUGGACCCACGAGUCUCUGAGCGAGAUCUGGAGGAUGAGUUCCGUGUGUUUGGAGUUAUUCGAAGUGUGUGGGUUGCACGAAGGCCUCCAGGCUAUGCUUUCAUUGACUUCGAUGACCGAAGGGAUGCUGAGGAUGCAAUUCGUGAAUUAGAUGGCAAGAAUGGCUGGAGGGUUGAAUUAUCUCACAAUUCUAGAGGUGGAGGUGGACGUGGAGGUGGCCGUGGUCGCUCUGGUGGUUCUGACUUGAAAUGUUAUGAGUGUGGUGAGCCAGGUCAUUUUGCUCGUGAGUGCCGCAUGCGAGGUGGUUCAGGAAAACGCCGCAGUCGGAGCCCUCGAUAUCGCCGCAGUCCAAGUUAUGGACGAAGGAGUUACAGUCCUCGUGGACGAUCUCCAAGACGCCGCAGUCCCUCUCCUCGUGGACGCAGCUUCAGUAGGUCUCCUCCAUACCGUGGGCGUGAAGAGUUGCCUUUUGCCAAUGGAAAUGGUGUCAGGGAUCGUCGCCGAAGCAGGAGCUGAGCUUCACCCACCAGUCUUUGCUCUGUUAUGGCAGCAUUGGGAUUAAGUUUGUUUAGUAUGUUUGGACUUCAAUACAGUAUGUUUUAAUUGGGCUAUGCCCACAGUCUCUUGGACUUGGAUAAGUUCUCUUUGUUCUUAAUUUCUAUAUGAUGGUUUUCUCUUGUUUAUCAGUGCUGAAAAGCUGUUAUGUUCUUAAGAUAAUAUAUAGGCAAAUAGGAUUUUAAGAUAAUCACUAAAUUUAUUGAGAAAGCAUGCUUGAGAACUUUGCUAAAAAGCUUUUGCUUUUCUCUUUUUGUGUUUUGUUGAGGUGUCUUCUGGGUUUGCUUCAUUGGUUUUCUGCUUCUACACUCUCUUGAGGUUUUCUUCUUUGCUGCCCUGCUAUGGAAUCUUAAAUACUUGAUGAUUGUGGGUCCCAUUUCGGCCUCAUCUCUAGAUGCUACUGUUUGAAUCUCUCCCCAGCUGUGAUGCCUCUUCCUCAAAACUCUAGUGGCAUUUCUUUUAUUAAACUUAAACGGAUUUGAGGAGCUGCGCUUCUGGCAGGUAUAUAUAUCUGUUCCACAGAAGUUGGUUGUUGGGUCCUUAAAACAGUGGGGUUUGAUGUCUUUGCAACUUCAUGGUGGCACUAACAAGUUUUUGAAAGGAUUUGCAGGGGAACAAUUUUUUUCCUCAUUUCAUGGGUAGGAAAUGCAAUGAAUUUUAAAAUGGUUUUAGUAAUUCAAAUGAUGGGCAAGAAUGAAUUUGGAAUCUUUUACUUAUUUGGUGUUGAAAAAUAUGGAUUCUGAACUAUUUUUCUAGUAUCUGCAUCAGAUUAAACAUCCAAUUAAAUGAGUCU